AGCGCCCAAGUCCCCAAACACCGAGCGUGGGGCGGGGACGUCCGCCCGGAAGCGGCCCCUUUGCCGCAGCGCCUUCUGGGAGUUGUAGUGCUGGAGCCGAAAUACCCCCGAGGUUCUAGUACUUUUAGUAAAGAUACUAAGAUGAAGAAAGACCUCAACUGCUGAUUGAAAUGUCUCAUUCUGAGACUCAGAGUACUUCACUUCGCUUUCAACAAAUUCUCAAAAUUUGCAAGCGCUCUGGAAUCUUUCUGCUUUAGGAAGAAACUCUUCCUCCUUUUAUGAUGGAUGAAAAAUGAAUGGAAUAUAGCUACAAGAUGAAUAAGUAGUUUAAUUUAUUUUAAGAUACCUAUUGUAAUAUCGCAAUCUGAAUAUUUUUUCUCCAUGUCAGUGGAUAGUGGGUUCCCAGUGCCGGUUCCGACACUGUCAAGAGGCCCUUGGCAAUGACACUGUGUGCUCAUUAUGGAGAGAAGGAAAAUGUUUAGAUCCACUUUGCAGAUUUAGACACAUGGAGAUGCAGCAAAACUGCAGUAUUUCAUGCUUCUGGGAAACUCAACCUCUUGGUUGUGUGAAGAUCAGUUGUAUCUUUUAUCACAGCAAACCUCGAAAUAUCAAUGGAUUAUUUUUACCACCAAGUAGCAAUAUUACACAACAGAAAGAAACUCAGGAAGAAACUCCACUCCUGACCCAGAGUCAGGAACCUCUGAAAACUCAGGAGAAUAUACCACCACCCAUUCACUAUCCUUUAGUUUUACAAACUAACUUUGAGGAAGAAGAAGAGGAAGGAGAUGAACAAACUGAUGCUUCUGGUUUAUGGACAAAGACUCCUGAAGAAAUUGAAGAAAAAAGAGCAAUAAGGGAGAUGUGUCAUAAAUCUGGUGAAUACUACAGGUUUCAUACUCCUCCAGAUACUUCGUCGUCAAAAAGCAUAGACUCUGCAGCAGAAAAAGAGUUAGAAAGGUCUUCGGAAAAUGGCAGGGAAUUGCAAGAAGGGGAUGGUCUUACCGUUCCAACAAAAUUUAGCCUAUCUGAAAAGCAGGGUGAGAUGAAAGCAUCGUUGGAUGGGAAACCAAGGACUGACAUAGCUGCUUUUGAAAAUGGAGGAGGUGAUUGUUACGUUCCACAGAAGAUCAUAUUUCUUGGAGUAGAUGAAAAUCAAGCUUUAACUGAAGAAAAAGAAAUCGCCGUGUCAAAAUACUCAAAUACUAAAGAUAACAAGGACAGCCCUCAUCCAAAGCGUUCCCUUACUACCCGACUAGUACCUACAAUGCACGUAUUAAAUGCUACUGAGAAUAUCAGUAUGAAGUGCAGAGAGGACCCCUCUUCAAUGAAUGAUGUCCAGCCAGUGAGGAAGCCUCAUUUUAAGGGGGUGAAAAAAAGAAAAUGGAUUUAUGAUGAACCAAAGAACUUUCCCGGCUCAGGAAUGAGGAGAGCAGUACAGGCCUCAAAUCCUAAAAGUAAAAUGAGUUACCAUCACAAUAAUAAAACCAGAAAUGCUGAGAAUGCAUCCUCCAUCCAUGUUCAGAGCAAUGCCGUCAGGACUGCCUCAUUAAAUGCCCCUCCCCACAGCAGGCCCGCAAAUGGGUUCUCCAGUCGGGUCCAUGUUUACAAGGAGCCCAAACUCCACCUCUGUCCAGAUAGAUAUAUGUCAACGUCAUAUAAUGGUUCAGCCUGGCGAAAAAGAAUUCCUUUUUCAAAAACAUAUUCAAAAACUGAAAAGAUAUAUAUAGAGCCAAGAAGAAAUGGGAGCAAGUAAACCUGGAGGUUGAGAGAAGAGAAAAAUAAGAAAAGAGGAAAGUGCUAAACAUCAUCUGAUUUACAAUCAAAAAUGAAAAUUCAAAGAAUGAGAUAUUCAAGUACUGCAUACUGUAUACUGGGUAGUCAAAGAUGAUAAAAUGCAAAUUCUGAAAAUAAGAUGCAGGAAGUACAUUGUGCUCUUUCAAAACUGAUAAAAAUGCAAAUUGCGAACAGCUGCCUGUGUAUAUAGGUA